UUGAUGUUGGUAUUUGCUAAGUGUCUGCCUGCCAUUUUGUAAGAUAGAAGGGAGAUAAAAAAUAGUUUUAUGGUGUUAAAAUUUUAUAAAAACUCCGUUGCCAUUUGUAUUAGGGCCAAAAACAAAUGUUUAAAUGGACGCAUCGUCCAUUAUAACUCAAGUGUCACGGGAUGACGAACAAUUAAACAACUAUGGAUCCGACAGAGGAACGACGCCCAGCCAGCAUAAUGAAGGGGAUGGUACCCCGGUGUCGGGGUCCACGGCUCUGGGCAGUAAGAAGUCGAGUGGAGGCGGAGGAUUUCUGCGAUCCCUUCUGUGUUGUUGGCGAGGUGGUAGAGGCAAGGGUCCGCCCGGCAGCAAUGGUGCAAACAGCAUCGAUGGCCGGGCCUCUCCCCCUCUGCUGGUUAUGUCAGACCAUGCACCCCGGCCAUUGUUACCACCAGUAAGACAUCAGGACAUGCAUAAAAAGUGUAUGGUCAUUGAUUUGGAUGAAACUCUGGUUCACAGUUCAUUUAAGCCCAUCAACAACGCAGACUUCGUGGUUCCUGUUGAGAUCGACGGCGCGGUGCAUCAGGUCUACGUAUUGAAGCGGCCGCACGUAGACGAAUUCCUGCGUCGAUGCGGCGAGCUGUACGAAUGCGUGCUGUUCACCGCCUCGCUCGCCAAGUACGCGGACCCCGUUGCCGACCUGCUAGAUAGAUGGGGCGUGUUCCGCGCGCGUUUAUUCCGCGACAGCUGCGUGUUCCAUCGCGGAAACUACGUAAAGGACCUUAACAGCCUCGGCCGCGACCUACGGCGCGUCGUCAUAGUCGACAACUCGCCCGCAUCGUACAUCUUCCAUCCGGAUAACGCUGUACCUGUCGUGUCCUGGUUCGACGACAUGACGGAUUCAGAACUAUUAGACCUCAUACCGUUCUUUGAGAAGCUGAGCAAAGUUGACAGUGUGUACACAGUGCUACGUAAUUCCAACCAUCCAUACAACCCGGCGCAGGGCAGCCCGCCGCCCGCAUAGCCGGGCCACGCGCCCCCCGCGCCCGCCGCGACCGCCGCGCCCGGCGGGGGGCGGGGCCGCGCGGACACGCAUCCGUCCCGCGAGUCGCGUCUCAAGGUCGUCAUCCGCGAGACCCGCGUCUGCAGCGACCCGUACGUGUACCGCCAGCUGCCCUGCGUACUCGAGACCCGCGCGCCCACCGCGCCCCCUGCGCCCGCCGCGCCCCCCGCGCCGGCCCCCCGCCCCCCGCACCCGUUCACGACCUUCCUCGAAAGUGUCGUGAAACGAGGAGCGAACUUCGUAUUAAGUGCCAAUUUUGCCUUCUGGAUAGUAAGGACGUUAUUUGUACCUAUUAUACAUUUUAGGUAUUUCUUAGUGCGUAAGUGGUCCCUAUGAUGGAUUUGUAUUUUUUUUUUAAAUUUAACUUAUCCCUCUAUCGCUGUGAAAAUAUCGAUGUUUUAGUCGUAGGUGUCUUAUUAAUCGAUAAAAUAAACGAUCGAUGUCUUUUUAUAUCGCGCUUGGGAUCAAAUAUAAAUUAGGGAGGUUGCAGUUGUGAAAUUAUUAAUUGCUUCGUGUGUCCACUAGGGAUGUCGAUGUUAAUAUUGUUUCUUGUAUAAAAAUUGGCAGGUAUACGAAAAGCAUUUAGAAUUUCCAGCGCAAAUUAACCCGCAAUGUUAAUGAGAUUGGUGUUGCAAGACACAACGCAAUGUCGAUAUUUUUUGUGUUCCCGUUGUACAUCCCUAGUUCCCGCUACUUUUGUAUUGUUUUUGCGUUUUUACAAUUAAUCGACUCGAAAGUGAUUACGAAUUUUAAAAUUCGACUGGUUUACUCUUAGUACGACUGUACAGAGGUGUAAAUAUAUUUUUAUUAUAAGCGAAAGUGGAAAAAAUAUCUAUAAAAGAAAAUCGUAUCGAAAAUGUAUGAAACUAUUUCACAUGUAGGAAUGUCAUGAAAAUCGAACUGAUGACAACAUAAGGAAUACAUAUGAAUUUAGUUAAUAAUUAGUGCCUGAUUCGAUUGACUAUGUAUUAUAUAUUGUAUAAACAUAUUGUAAAAUUACUGAUGAGCUUGUUGCCAUUUUACACCAUAGACAUUAAAAUCGAAUGAAUUAUUUAAAUACAUAAAUUAUUAAUUUUACACCAUCAAUAUGUGUUGGCCAUAUUUAUGUUAUGACACAUGUAAAGGAAAAACUAGCAACAUUUAAUUUUUAUUUCGUUAGAAACAUGUUUCUAAUGAAUUGACAGCUAACGUGAGUUGUGCAAAGUUAAUGUUGAUUGUUUUAGACUAAUUUGCUUCUCUUACGAUUUAUUAAAUCUAAUGGCAGCGAACUUCGAACUUGUGUUUGACGGAUAUUCGAUUGUUCAUUUCUUAUCUUUAUAAUUUUGCAUCUGUAAUACAUCUACACUCUCCAGCGGCAAAAAAACUCGUUUAAAGUAUUUCGUUAGAAACAUGUUUCUAAUGAAAUGUUUUUAUUAAAAUUCUAUUACUAUCUUGAUGGUUUUUUUUAUUAAUUUGCCGAUGAUUAUCAAAUGAACAGUCGUAUAUCAAUGACAAGUAUAUUAUUGUAUGUAUUUUUUUAACAAAAUUAUAUCGAUGACAAUAAAAUUAGCAUCCUUAAAACAUCAAACUGCAAAACCCAAGGAAACAUGUUUUUAGUGAAAAAUAGACAUUUCAAAAUCAGUACAAAAAUAUCUUGUUCCUAACAAAAUUGAAACGGUCUAUGAAAAUGAUUGUAGUUCCUACUAUAAGAGUUGGAAUGUUUUUUGGGAUUUGCAGACAAGAGAGACAUAUCUAAUAUUUUUUUAAUUUUAUUAUUUUCGACAUGAAAUAUGCUAUAUCAAGAAAAAAUAUAUGUUUUAUGAAUUUAUUUUCAAUUAUUGAUCGUUCAAAACGCUACAUUAUCCACACAGUAUUACCUAGUUGUAUAGAUGACUUAAUUAUUUUAAAUCUGAAAAAAAAAAACACAAAAUUUACUGCCUUAUCAGUUAACAAAAAUAUGCCCCAUUGAAAAAAACUGCUUUAAAACUAAAGGAAAUUAAUUGUCAAAAAAUGUCAUACGCAUUUUCUGAUUAUAGUCCUAGUUGUGGUACAGCUUAGUUCACACUAAAGUCUAAUAUAAAAUAAGAGCGAGUACACACAAGGCGUUAGAAACCGCGAUUUAGUACUCGACAGAAAAAAAAACGCGCGUUUUUUUAACGCCUUUGUGUUACUUUCAUUGGCAGUGUUGAAAUUUCACUGCAACAAUAUUUGUUAUAAACAGUGUAAACCCACACUAAUAAUAGCAAUAAGCUGAAAAAAUCCCACCUGAUAACAUUCAAUGGUACAAACUAGCGUACUAUAAAAUACCACGUAAAUAUUGACUGGCGUUUACCAUCUGUACUGUUUGCUCGUUUUUUAUAAAAAUAAAAAAUUUAAAAUUAACCCUAUAUUAUACUUCAUUUUUAAAUGUAUUUUUGGACCUUGUGAAUAUUUAAGAAACGUACUUGUAACAUUUGCGAUGCAACCUGUUCACGGUUUCAACGAAAAAGCGCAAAAUUCAAAAUUGUAAUCGAUCUAUUUCGUGUAUAAUCGAUUUGAUUCGAUUAAUUAGGUAAUAUAAAAUGGUGCUUACAGUAUUAGUUGAUUAAGCGAUUGGAAAAAUGACUGUAAUUUUUUUUUCUUAGUAUUCGUAACGCACAUUCGGCUUUGUGUUCGACUUGGCGAUAAAACAACGGGCAGUGGCUCACGUUUUUUUUAAAUUCGUUUUUAAUUAAAAAAUCAAACAUCAAUACUGCAGUAUACAGUUUAUUUUUUAAUUCUCUUUGGCUAACCAUAAGCCAUCUAUUUAUUGUUUGCUUAGCAAAAAGUUUUUUUAUUGUUUAUUUUUUCUUUUAUAAUAACAAAUCAAUCUAUUGUUUCUAUAGCGGAUGUGUAAAUAAGAUUUUUUUAUUAACUUUAAAUCGGAUAACUCAUUUUUUUUGUAAAAUCACGUUUUUUUAUAGAUGGAAUUAUUUUCUUAAUCUACAUGUUAGUUUGUUAUUUAGUGACUAUGCCGGUGUAUAUAACCUCUACAUAUAGUUACUAGAUAUACAAUACGGCUAGUUAUAAGGCUAUGUGUCUACGUAAUCCUUACCAACUGCACAGGUUAUAUUAAUAUGUCAAGUGUACUAACAUACGGAAUUUUAAAUAUAUUAUAAUAGGUCAAUUACCCACAUUGCACUACACGGUACAAACUCAGUAUGUUUCUCACGUAUAUAUAUGCACGUGUUUGUACAGUCAGCGACAUAUGUAUGUAAAAAUGUACAGGAGAUAACUAAAGUGAAAUAUAUGAAAAUAGAUUAUGAAAAAUUAACUACAAUAAUUCUAAUAUGCUUAAAGAUUUUAAAAGACAGUAUAUUACUAGAUAUGUAAAUUAAAUGUGGUUUUGGAAUAUCACAGAAAUGCGACGCUGACUGUACUUCGUUUGCUUUUGAAGUUUUUUCCCCAUACAUAUCGCGUGGUGUUUCGAAUGCUUCGUAUAUCGAUGAAGAUAUCUGCAGUUGUCAAAUUCGCGGCAUUUAUUUAUAAGCAUUAACAACUCAAAUCUGCUCGCUUUAACAUAUAAAACAAAAAAGUGUUAAAACAUAAUAUAAAAAAUGAUUUACUCGAAACAAAAAAAAAUUUGAAAUUUGUUUUCAUCCAAUAAGCAAUAAUUGUAACAUAUAAGGUUAUUUUUUUAAAUUGUUCGAUAGUAUUUUUUGUUAAAAAAUGUUACGAAAAAGCGAGCAGAACGUAGACAUAAAACGUUAUAGUAAUUUAUAUGUUGAUUUCUCUAGUUGUAAGCGUUCAGACUAAAUAGUCAAUACCUCCCUGUGAAUUAUUUUAUAACCUCUAACUUAUAGAUAUACAAUCUAUGAAAACAAAAACGUCUUUCGAGGGCUUUUUGUAAAUUUUCAGUGUGUCAUUGACGAUAAAAAAUGACAACUACGAAAAUUGGAUGUCAUACUUUUAUGACACUCCAUCUAUAGAUUGUAUAUCUAUGUUCUAACCUUAAUCGCUAUAUGUUUCGACUCCGGAAUCGUCCAAUUAUAUAAUUAUUAUAAGUAACUUAAAUAUUAUUAAUUUGUUUUGAUUACAUGCAAUAAAAUUCGAUUGAUAUUUUGCUAAUAAUGUCUUUAUGUGUAAAGAAUGAAAUAAAAAUUAUUUUAUAACAUAACGAUUUUAACUAGAGUUGUUGUAUAGUUGAUUUCACAUGUUUUUGUAUUAAAUAUAAAUGUAAUUUAAUCGAUAAAUUAAGGUAUUUUUUAUGGAACGAUUAACGCAAUAAACAUUUGUUGUUAUGUAUCACUUGCACUAAGGAUUUUUUAAUUAGGCGAACUCGAUGUCUUUGGUGCUUUUGAAUGAGUGCUGGAGUAAAAAGAAAAAAAAACUUAACUUCUCAGAAAAUUAAAAUUUGAAUUCAAAAAUCGAAAAUGUUUUCUUUUUCUAGGAACUUUCAAUAUUAUAAUCUCGAAAUCGCACGUUAUUUUUUUUAAUAUCGGUGAUAAUUUAAAGCAUAUGCCAUUAAAAAUCAUAGUUGCCAUGUUAAUAUUAAAUUUGAAAUAAUCCAUGCUGCUUACCUUCAAGUUGAAUUCAAUGUGACACACUUCGAUCAGUCUACAUUUUAAUGCCACCGACUCGAGACGAUUUUACUCUUUGCGAUAAACGCAUAUUAUGUGUGAACAAAGUACAAAAUCGCAAAGAACAAAUUGUUAUAAAACUAAAUUAUCAUGAAAUGUGUGAAUUAUUUCGACGCAACAUUUUGUUCUUGCCUUUACAGUAAAAAUAUGCUCCCCCAUUUUUUAAUCUAGCAACAUUAACUUCUGUCAUUUUCAAUGCUAUGGCAAUUUACGUGAAUUGAAAAUUACUUUAAAUUGCUUAUUUUCUCUAUUAAUAUUUGAUGUAUUUUAAAUAAAUCAUUUACAAGUGCAAUGUUUGGUAAUUAUUGUUCUAACAUCACGUGGUUUAAAUUGUUUUAAAAAUGAAUUGAUGUUCGCAUAAUGUAGAUAUUUGUACAGCGAUACCGUGAGUUUUCACUGCCGAAACUACGUAACAAAUUGUUAUUUCCCUUUUUACAGCUAAUGAGAGGGUAAUUCUUUCUAUUAUGUUUCCGCAGUGGAAAUCCACGCUUACAGGACAGUAGAAUUCACCUGUACAAGUAAUCAGAUAGAUGGAACCAAGUCAACGAAAACAUGAGUUGGAAUUUAUAACGUAAAUACGGACCAAAAGCCUGAUUUCAUUAACUUUUAUCGGGAGAUUGUUUUAAAUAUACAUUAAUUUCUAACUUUUAUGUACUAUCAGGGAAUAUUGCGGUAUACCUUAUAAGCAACAGUCGUAACGUCUUGAAUCAGUUUUAAGCUUGCUAGUUACGACUCUUCAACGAGUUAGUUGCAACGACGCAAUUUUUCUAUAAGUGGAAUACCGCGAAUUGUCCUGAUUGUACAUGCAUUUUUAUGUAUUAAUCAUUUUGUUUGGAUGUCCCAUCUAUCUGAUAUUGUACUCAGAGUUUAGCGACGUGAGAAGACUAUAAUAUUGUAACGGAGUGUGGCGUGCGAUAGCUAGGUAACAUUUACCUGAACACGUUUAUAUAUCGGUGUACAUUUUUGAUAUCAUGUUGUACAAAAGAGACAUUUCGUAUGUUAUUUUAUAGGAAUGAAAUAAAUAGCCUUAAUAAAUAA